CUAGUAGUUGUUCCCGAGCGGCCAGUUCAGCCGGAUGUUGAAGCUGCUGCAGUCGAUCUCCCACACGUUCUUGUGCACUUUGUCCAUAGCUGCUGGCCCCAGCCGGCCGACCCGCGUGCCCCCCUCCAACUUGCCGAGACUGUGCUUCAGAGCCCGAUCGUUAGAUGCAUGGUACACAGACACACGGUCCGCUGCCUUGCAGAUCGACGACGGCGUAUUGAGCACGCUGUCGGGGACGUCUGCGCUCACCUGCACACACAGCGAGGGGCAUUAUGUAUUCGUAAGGGAUUGCGUCUCCGCUCACCAUGAAGAUGUUGUGAAGAACACCUUCUAUCGCAUAGUUCU